AUGCCGGUUAAAAUGCAUCGAAACCGGUUUGACAUACAUUGCAUUUUCGUUGAACCUUCCUCAGUCAGUAUAUCUCUUAACUUGAAUAGAAAAUCUAUAACAUUUUCAACAUUGGAAGGCGAUUCUGCUGAUAAAUUGGAUGAAAUAUAUAGAGUAAAACCAAGCUUUCUCAAAGUAGAACCAGGAUCCUGCUUAUUACCACCUAAUUAUGUGUUUUUUGCUAAAAAAAUAAGAGAUAUGAAAAUAUAUGAAGAUGACGUAUGGAUAGUUUCUCAUCCACGAACUGGCAGUCAUUGGGUACAAGAAAUGGUAUGGUGUAUCGGAAGUAAUUUCGAUUAUGAAGCCUCAAAAACUCUUCUGAUGAUUCGUAAUCCAUUACUCGAAGGAUCCGCUCUUGUGGUAACAGGAAAUUUUGUAGAUUGGUUUUCGAAGUUAGGUGACUCAGUUGAAAAUGUUAUAAAUGCUUCGCGACCUCGUUACAUUAAAACACAUUUACCAUGGGAUUUAUUACCUACAGAUAUUCAUUUAAAAAAGCCCAAAAUUAUAUACAUUACUAGAAAUCCUAAAGAUACUUGCGUGAGUUUUUAUCACUAUUGUAAAGUUUUUCAUAAUAUAAAAGGCAGCUUCGAAGAUUUUGCGGAAUUAUUUAUGAACGAGAAUGCUCCAAUGGGGCCAUUUUGGAAUCACGUGCUUCCUUUUUGGAAUGCUAGAAAACAAGAUAAUAUUUUGUUUUUAAAAUAUGAAGAUCUGAAAAAGGAUCAAGUUGAAAUAAUUAAAAAAACAACAAAAUUUCUUGACAAAACGAUAACAAAUGAACAAAUUAUUGAGCUUAGCGAACAUUUGAAAUUUUCUAAAAUGGCAGCAAAUCCUGCUGUAAAUUUAGAACAAAUAUUAAAACAGAAAGGUGCUGAUGAAAAUGAUCCUAAUGCAAAAUUUAUAAGAAAAGGCAAAGUUGGUGACUGGAAAAAUUAUAUGUCAGAAGAUUUAAGUAUAAAAUUCGAUAAUUGGAUGGAGAAACAUUUAGAAGGUACUGACUUAAAAUUAGAGACAGAAAUUUCAACGUGCGAAUAG